AUGCUUGUUAACGGGUCCGGUUGGCAGCAGCACAUUCCUCCGCACAUACCCACCACGCCUGCAUCCGCCGGCAGCAACACGUCCUCCGUGCCGACGAAAAUCGACGGCCUGCCGCAGCAGAAGAGAAGAAGAGUCACACGCGCCUGCGACGAGUGUCGGCGGAAGAAGAUCAAGUGUGACGGCAAGCAACCUUGUACGCACUGUACGGUCUAUAGUUAUGAAUGUACAUAUGACCAGCCGUCAAAUAGGCGUCGAAAUCCCGCACCGGUGUACCUUGAGGGCCUUGAAAAUCAGGUCCAGCGCUUAAAGCAAUUGUUGAAGAUCUUUGCCCCCCACCUAGACCCCGACAACCAAGAGUUGGACAUCUCGAAGGUACCCACCGGAUCUCAAGCUCCGGCCGCUAAACCGCAAGAUUCGAAAGGAAUCUUCCCCGGUGUGAAUUCGGUCGGACUAUCGGCGGCAGCGGCAGCGGCGGUGGACAGGGACUCCCGGCUGGACUCGAUGGUGGAAGCGACAGGCCGAUUGGAUAUAGACGAGGGACACAAGGUGGAAUUCCACGGCCAUUCCUCUGGCAUGACAUACCUCAACCAACUGAACAGUCAGUUUGGAGGAAUUUUGGGCGAAGUGAGAUUAAACGCAACCACUUGGCCUAUGCCGAAACCACCGAAACUGCUGGCGCAGGAUUCGCCUCAUUCGUCGUCCUACUCACCACCGGAAAACAUUUCGGACGUAACAUUAUUACCGCCGAAAGAGACGGCGGCGUCGUUGGUGGAAACGUGUCUGGACAAGGCGUGCGUCUUGAUGCGCUUCAUCCACAGGCCGUCCUUCGUGAGCAUGAUGCAUCGUCUCUACAGCAAGAGACCGGAAGACUAUGAUGAUGACGAGAAUACAUUUCUGCCUUUGUUCUAUCUCGUCCUGGCAGUCGGUUGCUUGUUCGUGGUCGAUGAUGAUGCGGCCGAGGGGUGCGAAGUGGGCGCCGGUGAUGCAUUAAAAUACUUCAAUGCCGGUCGUCGGAUGAUUGAGAUGACGGACAUCCGCGACAUCUACUCGAUCCAAGCGGUCCUCUUGAUGGCGAUCUACCUGCAAUCAUCCACGAGGAUGUCGACAUGCUACUCGUAUGUCGGAAUUGCGCUGUGCGCUGCGGUGAAGAUGGGUAUGCACAGGGCAGUCCCCGAUGCUAGGUUCAAUCCUAUCGAGAGAGAAGUAAGAAAGAGGAUAUUCUGGACUUGUUGGAAGAUGGACACAUACGUCGGCGCCAUCUUGGGACUACCGAAGGGAAUUGCGCCGGAAGACAUCGAUCAGGAGAUGCCGGCGGAAGUAGACGAUGAAAACAUCACACAAGACGGAAUCGCCCCCAUGAAGGAUGGUGAAACGUCGACCAUGGCCGCCGCAAACGCGCACAUCAGGCUAUUAACCAUCAUGGCGAAGACGGUCAAGUGCAUAUACCCGCUGAAGGGCGUCGAGGCAAGCGUGGCCGGGAACAACCGAGGAUACAGCGUUAGUCAGAUGCAGUUGCACGAGAUCGAACUCGAGUUGGCAGCAUGGCUAGAGUCGGUACCUGCUAUCCUCAAGCCUGGAGAUAAUACUCCUAGAGAGUUCCUGCAGUGUCAAUACCUGCUCAAAAUGUCUUUCGCCCACGUGCAGAUGAUGCUGUACCGGCCGUUCGUUCAUUACAUCUCACGUUCCGAAGAGCGGCCAUUCGCCAUCGCUGCCGCUUGUGUGAAGGUGUCGAGGAAUAUCGUCAAUACCGCCGAGGAGAUGCGACGGAACGGCUUGCUGAACGGAGCCUACUGGUUCACCAUCUACACCACCUUCUUUGCGAUCAUCACCCUCAUCUACUAUGUCUUGGUAAACCCUCCCGACAAAAUGUCGAGAGAAAUCUUGAAGGACAUCAUCACGGGGAGAGACUGCCUAGUCAGCAUACAAGAGAAGAGUGCCGCCGCACAUAGAUGUAUCAACACGUUAAAUGUGGGGCCAAGGAUCCACUCUACUCCGAAUCUUGGAGUUGGUGUGCUAACCGGUUUGCAGCCGUUGUUCGAGAAGGCCUUUGAAAGGAUCAGUAACGCUCCGCCUCUGGCUCCGGCUCCGGCGGAAUUGGUUCCUCCGAAAAAGAAGAGGGCAAGGGCACUUUCGGGGGCCACGGACGCGGAGGGCGAAGAUGGAGAGUCUCCCUCGUUUCACGGUCAUUCCAGUCCGGGAACGGUAUCUCCUACCGAAUCCCCAGUCCACCGGGUGAUUGCCACCCCAAUCUCGCCGACCGAGGCCAGCAAGCGCCUAUCUACUCCCCCCAAUGUUUUUGGUACCAAAUUCACUGUCUCUCCUGAUCCACAACCACCAACAACGUCGAUGGGCUUUCAGACAACUAUGGCCGGCAGCGGAAUGCCGGAUCUCACCAGCAUGAUGUUCCCGACGAACGACUUGUUCAGCUUCGUACCGCACAACAUGGUGCCGGCCGUGCAGCAACACACCACAAAAGACGAACAGACCAACCAGAUAAACUCCCCAGUUUACCCAACGGCGCCCAACGGCAACCAAUUCGGCAGUCUGGAGGGCAACAUCCUGGGCCCGCUACCGCCGUAUCUCCUGCAGGGCCAACAGCCACUGAUGGGCGAUUACCUGGGAUCCGGAACCCAGUCGCAAGGCCAGCGCAUGGAUGGCAACGGAAUCGACACGUCCAUGUCGGGACAGUUCUUCAUGUCGAAUGGCGGCGGGGGAGACACGAUGGUGCCGGAUUUCUUCCGCGAUGAUUGGGACGACACACUCAUGCAGCAUUCCUUCCGGAGCACGUAA